GAUCAUCGAGUGUACAGUGAUGACAGGUUUGACAUAUCACACCACGUCCUUGCUUCCGUUUGGUUAAUAACGAUAAAAUUGCUGUAGCAACGAGGGACGAACCGCUCAAAAGAGAUCAACACCGGCAGUUCGGAUGGAAGAUUCGACCGACAAUUUUCGAUUGAACGAUCUUAAAUUAUUUGGAGAGACAACGUUUGUAACGGUACAACGGUGAUCAUGGUGAGCGCGAGCAGCGUCGUGGCACAUUUUGUGAAAUUGCUGGUGACCGCAGUAUGCAUGAGACAUCUUGCUGAGCCCUACCGGGCAAAAGCCCUGCCGAUAACGUGGUCCCUGCGUGCCUUUCGAAUUCUCUUCAUGCAUUCAAUCUUGGGAAUCUUCAGAUUUGGAGUUCCAUUUACUUCGUCAUCAACACCUACAGCAAGAUGCUUCCGAAGUUUUUACGAUUGGUUUUCCAAUGUCAUUGAAAUUGUUCCUUUGGCAUUGUUGACAUCUGGUAUUUUAAGUGCAUAUCAAAUAGAUGAAAAGAUUCGUAUGUUGUUAUUGUUUCUUGGUACAAUACCAGUAGUUUUUACUCUAGCAAUAAGGCAGAAGGAAAGCCAAAUCAGGAAACUGCGUUUCUUGACUAAUAUUACUGUUGUACUACAGAUAUUGGCAAUAACGAUAGUUGGCUUGAAAAACGGCAAUUAUAAUGUCAUUAGUUUAGUCGUUUCUUAUACUUUUGAACGUUUCUUCGUGGAAGAAUUUUGUUAUUCAUACAAUAUACCGUAUACCGAUCUGAUGCAAUAUUGCAUAUGCUUUGUGGAAGUCUUCACGGUAUCAACACUGAAGGAAUUGUAAGAAAUAAGACUUAACUUCAUUAUCUAUUACCUAUUUCAGGCAACUGUCAUUCAAAAUUCAAUAAACAGUUUGUUUAUAUUUGAUAUAAAGAAUGUCAAUUCUGAAGAUAAUAUAAAAAAUUUAUGCCAUUAGUUAUAAUAUUGAUCUUGCAACAAUUGUUCGAUAAUAGAUGACACUAUAACGGUAGUGUUGAUUUUACUAUCAUAUAAAUCAAUUGUCACAAGUCCGAAUAAUGUUUGUGCUAAAUUUUUAUAUAUGUAUAUUUUACAUGUGUCAGAAAGUACUGCCAAUUUUCAAAGCAAAAUAUAAAUUACAAUCUUUAAUACGCAUGAAAUCCUGUUUUAAAUAAGUUUAAUAUCUCGAAAAUUGCGAAACUGAUCCCAAGAGUCAGUUUAAACAAAAGUUGCGUAGUCAAGAGGAGAACAAAUAAUGGUAAAAUUGUUUUGAAAACAAAAUUUAUU